AUGAACAUGUCAGAAGUCAACAGAGUGACUGACUUCAUACUCCUGAGUUUUCCCUUCUCCAAAGAGGUUCAGAUCCUCCUCUUCCUGCUGUUUUCUGUGUCCUACAUCCUCACACUGAUGGGAAAUGGGGCCAUCGUGUAUGCAGUGAAAGUGGAGCACAGGCUCCAUACCCCUGUGUACCUCCUACUGGCCAACUUCUCAUUCUUAGAGAUCUGUUACAUCAACACUACUGUUCCAAAUAUGUUAACAAACUUCCUUUCUGACACUAAAACCAUUUCUUUUAUGGCCUGCUUCCUCCAAUUCUAUUUCUUCUUCUCCUUGGGCACUGCUGAGACAUUCCUACUGCCUCUCAUGGCUUUUGACCGAUACUUGGCCAUCUGCCAGCCUCUCCACUACCCUAUCAUCAUGAACAGUCGCCUCUGCCUAAACUUAGUUGUCCUCUGCUGGGUGACAGCCUUCCUCUGUUAUCCAGUCCCUAUCUAUUUUAUCACUCAACUCCCCUUCUGUGGCCCAAAUACCAUUGACCACUUUGUCUGUGACCCUGGUCCUCUUUUGGCCCUCUCCUGCAUCCCUGCACCUGGAAUUAAGCUUUGCUCUUCUUUGCUAAGUUCACAUAUUAUUUUCAUCACCUUCUUUUUCAUCCUCACAUCCUACACCCUGGUUCUCAAAGCAGUGUUUCAAGUGCCUUCAGGAGCUGGCAGAUGUAAAGCCUUCUCCACCUGUGGCUCCCACUUAGUUGUGGUGUCUCUGUUCUAUGGAACCAUAAUGGUGAUGUACAUCAGCCCAAAUUCUGGAAAUCCAGCAGGGACACAGAAGAUUGUAACCUUGAUCUACUCCACAGUGACCCCACUUGUAAACCCACUGAUUUACAGUCUCCAGAACAAGGACAUGAAGGCUGCCUUGAGAAAAAUUCAAAUGUGCACAAAAAUUAGUCAAAAUUAA